GGUAGGAAAACUUUGUAUUCAAACUGCAGGCGAAUGGAAAAGCAGGGAAAACAGUAAAAUAUGCUUCUUUAUUCAUUUAUUUAACCAAGUAUUCAAUAGAAACACGUCCCAUUAGCAGAGAAUAAAAGCUUAGCACCUAAAUCUACAUGCACUUGCACAGAUUCGAGACGCGCAACGAAACGUCCGACAUCAUCCGGGCGAGAAAUGCGCAGUGACGUAGAUGCUCUCUCGGACGUCCGCGCGGCAGGGAUAUAUAGCCAAGCGGAUCGACGGAACGUCAGUUUGUUUCAACUCUCAACCAGAGUAACACAACGAAUCGCACUUUAGUAUUGUUAGUUUGACAUUUCGCUCACUCACUCUACGAUCAUCAAUUCAUCAUCAUCAUGUCUGACGCACCAGCUGCUGUUGCUCAAACCAAGACCACCCCUGCCAAGAAGAGGGCCCAGGGCAAGCCCAAGGCUCCCCCGGCUCACCCUCAGUACAAGAUCAUGGUCGUCGCUGCCAUCUCCUCCCUGAAGGAGCGCGGUGGUUCCUCCCGACAGGCCAUCCUCAAGUACAUCAUCGCCAACUACAAGGUCGGAGACAACCCCACCGCCAUCAACGCCCGCCUCAAGACCGCCCUGAGAGCCGGAGUCAAGGCUGAAACCCUGAAACAGUCCAAGGGAACUGGCGCCGCCGGAUCUUUUCGCCUGGGCGAGAAAUCCGUGGAGAAGAAGAAGCCUAAGAAGGACAAGAAACCCAAGGACAAGAAGAAAUCCCCCAAGAAAACCGUCAAGCCCAAGAAAGCUCCUGGUACCAAGAAGACACCAACCAAAUCCAAGAAGACUGGUGACGUCAAGAAAGUUACCAAAAAGGCCACCGGUGCCAAGACGAAAAAGGCCACCACCAAGAGCCCGGGAAAGAAAAACUCUCCUGCCAAAAAAUCGACAGCUGCCAAGAAAGUGGCCAAGAAAGCCGCACCCAAAACCACCAAGCCCAAGAAAGCUGCUGCUACCAAGAAGUAAAUUUACUUCUCAGCUCUUCUUCCGCACCAGCGCCAUUCGGUGCUAGCACAAGGUCCUUUUCAGGACCAAACCCCACUGAUCCAGAUGAUUGGGAUCUCAAGCCUUGAGUUAAAACCAAAACGUCCGUUCCUUUCUUCUUUCAUUUUCUUUUCUUGGUUGAAACCUAAGCUGUUCGUUUCUCCCCACCUUCUAGUCUAGUCUGUUCUUAGUUAAAACCCGGACCAGACAUUUUCUUGCUUUUCUCCGAGCUGAAUUCUUUCUGUAUUGCUGUUCUGUAUUGAAACCACCUUGUUGCUCAGUUCUCUUGGCUUCCUUUUUGGGGGUCACUUUCUUUCAAUUGCCUUUUUCUGCUUGCCCAUUUCUGUACAUGUACUGUAUUCCUCAAGCUAACAACACUUGUAAGCA